UAAUUUUAAUUUUUGCCCAUAGGAUUUUGCCUCCUGCCGAGAAAUUCUGCUGAGACGUGGGGAAGAUUUUAUUAAAAGUAAGCAAGAGAAUCGCAAGAAGAUAUUGCGAUCAAGUAGUAAUUUAAUUAAAGAUGGCAUGGUCAUUCUUACUCACUCAAGAUCACGCAACGUUCUGGCAGUCAUGACAGAGGCUGCUAGACACGGAAGACAGUUCCAUGUCUUUGUCACCGAGUCACAACCAGAUCGCUCAGGGUGCAGAAUGGCAAAUGAUCUGAGAGCAGCUGGGAUACCUUGUACAGUGAUUUUAGAUGCAGCUGUUGGUUAUAUCAUGGAGCGAGUGAAUGCUGUGAUGCUAGGUGCUGAAGGGGUUUGCGAGAACGGAGGAAUUCUCAACAAGAUUGGGAGCUGUACUGUGGCUACUCUGGCACACAUGAAGAACAAGCCAGUUUAUGUCCUAGUGGAGAGUUACAAGUUCAUCCGUACAAUUCCACUCAAUAAUUCUUCCCUUCCCAAAAAAUAUCUGGUAAGUAAUAGUAUCCAGCUUGAGAGUAAUAAUAAAAAAUUUGCCUCCAUCUACAGUAUUUACUUUCUAAUAAAACAAAAUAUUUAAGCGUUAACCAAUUUC